AUGUCCGACGUUCCACUAACCGAGUCCAUUCCCAAACCAGAGGAACCUAAAGCACCAGCCCCUGCACCUCAGUUCCAGCAAGUACCUCCGAAUUUCUACCAAUUUCCACCUCAAGGUUACUACCCACCCCAGCAAUUCCAAUCUCAGUCCAAAUCGAAGAGAGACCAAGACUUCGAAGAAGGUCUGAACCGUUUACGCAAAGAGUAUGCCACAGCUCCAAUUGAGAGAAAGUUGUUCCCGGACCAAAAAUAUAAUUUAGGUGAAGAGGUGAGAUCUCACCUGUUUUUUCACCUCUUUUUUCACCCUCUUGAAUUUUCAUGA